CUUUCAGUUGCAUACGCAUGCGAAAGAAACACAUAACUCUUUUUUCUGCCUCCCCUCCAUAGAAGCAAAAGACAGAUUUAGAGAAAGAUACAAGAAUGGUGCCUUAAAAGAGCCGCUCUUUCUAAAUCUCUGUCACCUAUAACAUUUUGCAAAACAAAGCAGUCUUUUCUGUAUUCAAAGUAGAAAAGACAAAGCAAAUGCAAGAUAGCAAGUUUGUUGUUUAUAGUUUCAUUGCUUGCAUUUUGUUUCUUGGCGUCAAUGGAGAAAGCCCUUAUAGGUUUUUCACUUUGAAAGUCACGCACGGUGAUAUUUACCCUCUUGGCGUUAAGCAAAAGGGGAUCUUAAUAAAUGGGCAGUUUCCAGGGCCUACGAUCGAUGCAGUUACUAAUGAUAACCUCAUUAUCCAUGUUUAUAACUACUUAAACGUACCAUUCCUCAUCUCUUGGAAUGGAGUGCAGCAGAGGAGAAACUCAUGGCAGGAUGGUGUGUUAGGCACGAAUUGUCCAAUUCGACCAGGGAAAAACUUUACUUACGUGCUCCAAGUAAAAGACCAGAUUGGUACCUUUUUCUACUUCCCAUCACUUUUUUUCCAUAAGGCUGCUGGUGGAUAUGGCAGCAUCAGAAUCUGGAGCCGCCCUAAGAUCCCAGUACCUUUUCCAACUCCCGCCGGAGAUUUCACUGUACUGGCCGGAGACUGGUAUAAGAGAAAUCACUAUGUAUUAAGACGUUACUUGGAGAGUGGACAUAGCCUUCCCUUCCCUGAUGGACUUGUUAUUAAUGGUCGAGGUUGGAAUGGAUACACAUUCACAGUUGAUCCGGGCAGGACAUACAGGUUCAGGGUAUCGAAUGUUGGGAUCUCCACUUCAAUUAACUUCAGGAUCCAGAGCCACAAGCUCAAACUCAUAGAAGUAGAAGGAUCUCAUACGCUUCAGAAUACCUACCAUUCUUUCGAUAUCCAUCUCGGGCAGUCGUAUUCGUUCUUGGUCACCGCCGAUCAGGCGCCGCAGGAUUACUAUGUCGUUGCCUCUUCGCGCUUCACUCCUCGUGUGCUCACAACCACUGCCAUCCUUCACUACAGCAAUUCGAGAAAGGGAGUUUCCGGUCUGAUUCCUUGGGCUCCCACUUUCCAAAUUGCUCCAUCACUCAUGCAGGCGAGAUCCAUACGUUGGAACCUGACAGCGAGUGGACCUAGGCCUAAUCCCCAAGGCUCCUACCACUAUGGAAUGAUCACCCCAAGCCGCACUAUCAUGCUUGCCAAUUCUGCGCCUUAUAUUAAUGGAAAGCAGAGGUAUGCUGUCAAUGGUGUCUCAUAUGUUCCACCAGAUACCCCGUUAAAACUAGCAGAUUACUUCAAGAUUCCCGGUGUCUUCAAUCUCGGAAGCAUCCCUACUCGGCCUCCUUCAGGAAACAAUGCCUACUUACAGACUUCUGUCAUGGCAGCCGACUUCCGGGAAUAUGUUGAAAUCGUAUUUCAAAACUGGGAGAACACUGUUCAAUCAUGGCAUAUAGAUGGAUAUUCCUUCUUUGUUGUAGGGAUGGAUGGAGGGCAAUGGACGCCUGAUAGUAGAAGAAGCUACAAUUUGAUAGACGCAGUGUCUCGCUGCACUACUCAGGUGUAUCCGAGGUCAUGGACCGCCAUCUACAUGGCUCUGGACAACGUGGGGAUGUGGAAUAUAAGGUCAGAGAACUGGGCCAGACAAUAUUUAGGGCAACAGUUUUAUCUCAGGGUUUACUCCCCGGCAAAUUCAUGGAGAGAUGAAUAUCCAAUCCCAAAGCAUGCUCUUCUAUGUGGUCGGGCCAGAGGUCGCCGUACAAGGCCUCUUUAAAUUAGCUACAAGAAAAGGAACCACGAUGUCAUGACGGGGUGACAUGGGAUAUGAUAUGAUAUGAUGAACAAAAUCAAGUUAUUUAACUGCGGAGCUCAAGUUGAGCUAUUCAGUCAAUUCUUUGUUUGCUUUGAACAUUUUCAUGUUUCUAUGACAUUAUUAUCAGCGUCUAAUCUGUAUAUGCCUAAGAACAUUUUUUUGUUUAGGCUUCAACUUUCAGAUUUUCGAUUCGAUUAUCUUUUGGGAGAACAUUAAAAGGGUUGAAUAUUCUUUUAUUUUCAUUUUCUGUUUUCCAUUUCUAGGUUAAUUGUUCUUCUUUUUGCCACGAAA